AUGGUAGGCCGGAAGCGGGACGGAGCAGCGCACAGAGGAGUCUUCCGCACGGCAAGAGCGCAGUCCCUGGAGCAGUUCAGGCCACGCCCAUACUUGAGAAUUCCAACCUCCUAUUGGACCGAACGCCUGUUCAUCCUCAUUCUCGGCCCAAUCGUAAGCUUGCGUAGCACUUGGAGAAAGCGGUUCUGGGUUCUGGAGUUGGCAGGAGCGUGGUCCUGCGGAAAAUAUUCCAGCAGAAACGCUCUUAUUCGUGCAAGAAUUACUUACUGA